AUGAACAAUUGUCUAGGGACCAUGGUAGGGAAAAAAAUGGAUCAUCCCGGUGCAGCAGCACUACUGGCUUCUCUGCCAGACUCACUGUGGUCCACCAGCCCCACUGAUGUUGGUUUGGUGGACUGCACGCCCGUCGACUUCCUAUUGCGCCCUACGGCAGGACCUCUUUGGGUCAGGCAAUACCAACACAAACCAGCUGCAGAGGAAGGGAUAGCAGAGACUGUAGCCGGUCUCUUACGGGCGGGUGUAUUAGAAGGGUCCACCUCUCAGUGGAAUACUCCUAUACUCCCAGUAGAGAAGGCAGGAACAGGCAAGUAUCGUAUGGCGCACGACUUGCGCGCUAUCAAUGAGCUGCUGCUGACUCCCACUGUUCCGGUUCCUAAUCCCUACGUCGCUCUCACCAAUCUUACGCCGUCCCAAACAUGGUUCACUUGCAUUGAUCUGGCUAAUGCUUUCUUUUCUGUACCAAUAGCACCCCACUGCAGGGACGUAUUCUCGUUCACGUACAGGGGAUGCCAGUUCAGGUACACGCGACUCCCACAGGGAUUUGCUCUGUCUCCUGGGAUUUUCAACCAGGUGUUGAAGCAGUCGUUGCAGGGCUGCCAUCUCCCUGAUGGGGUCACCCUCGUCCAGUACGUCGAUGACUUGCUUAUCGCGGCCCCGACAGCGGAGGCGGCACUCGAGGCAACGCGGUCAGUGCUCCUCUGGCUGGCAGAAAAAGGAUUUAAGGUCAGUAAGGAUAAGAUACAGGUGGCCCGGACGGUGGUGUCCUUCCUGGGGAGGGUCCUGUCAGGUAAGGGAACAGGGCUCUCUCCGGCCCAUCGGUCAGCCAUCCUGAGUCACCCUAAACCAAUUAUUGUGAAGGACAUGUUGUCCUUUUUGGGACUGACCGGAUACAGCCAAACUUACAUUGCAGAUUACACAGGUCUGACGCAACCACUGAGGGCUCUGGUGCGGCCACAUGGCCUGCGGAGCCUCAGCGCCACUCUGACGUGGGAUCAACCUGCAGAGGAGGCUUUCAUCACUCUCAAGCAGAGGUUGGCCCAAGCAGCUGAUUUGGCGUUACCUGAUUAUUCUCUCCCGUUUCAUUUAGAUGUUUCUGAAACUGGAGACGUCGUGAACGCCGUCUUGUUUCAGAAAAAGGGGGGAGAGAGGAAGGUAUUGAUGUAUAUUAGCACCAAACUCGACACCACAGAACAGCGACAUCCGUCAUGCACCAGACAUGUGGCAGGAGUGGCAAAAGCCGUGCAGAAAACAGCACACAUUGUGAUGGGCCAUGCCCUACACAUCCUGACCACGCACAGUGUGGUGGCCUAUGUGAACUCACAAACGUUCACAAUGACGUCUCUAAGACAGCAGAGGCUCAGCAAAAUUUUAGAGGCACCACAUUUAACUUUUGUCCAUGAGGGCAUCAACAUGGCUGAUCGAAUGGGGGGAGGGGCACCCCACGAAUGUGAGGCCAGGGUUAGGAAAGAGGAAAAGGUCAGGGAGGACCUAGCAGCCGAACAGAUAGAAGGUACGGAGGAGUGGUUUACUGAUGGAUGUUGUUUUCGAUCAGAGAGUGGAAGUUUGCAAGCAGGGUUUGCAGUGGUAGCGAGAGAGGGCCUGGGAUUUAGGACACUGAAAGCAGAGAGACGGGAGGGGGCCCAAUCGGCCCAGAGAGCGGAGAUCAGGGCAGUCAUUGAAGCUUUGAAAUUGGCCGAAGGUAAAGCAGUCACCCUCUAUUCAGACUCAGCGUAUGCGGUGGGGGCUGUGCAUGUGGAACUCAGCCAGUGGCUGAGGGCUGGGUUCUUAACGGCAGGAAACAAACCGAUUAAGCAUGAGGCAGAUAUGAGAGAGUUAGCGGAGGCAUUGAUGCUUCCGAAGAAAAUAGCUGUGGUAAAGUGCAAAGGACAUGAGGGGUCAGGGACAGUGAUAGCACAAGGCAAUCAAGCUGCAGAUGCGGAAGCAAAAGUGGCAGCGGGGUAUGAGGUAAGCAGGCAGAUGGUUACAGUAGAAGAGGAACUGGAGGGACAGGGCAGGCUGACCUCAAGCAGGAUCCGAGUCAUGCAGGCGCAAGCCUCCCCAGAGGAGAAGAACAUGUGGGCAGAAAAGGGGGGCAUAGAAACAGAGGGCCUGUGGUGUAACAGGGAGGGGAAGCCAGCCCUCCCUCUGGGAAUUAGGCAACAGGUCAUAGAGGAGGCACACAGUGUGGGGCACGCAGGGACAGGACAGAUGCUUCACAAUUUGAGAGUAUGGUGGCAUCCGUUCCUGAAGGAUAUGGUAAAGGAGUUUGUGAGAAGCUGUGAGAUCUGUGCUGCGAGACCCACGGUAAAACCAGAAAAGGGUCAGUUUCCAGCAUGUCAUAGGACUGGAGAGGAAAUAGUCCUAGAUUACACCGACAUGAUAAUACCGGUGCGUGGGAUGCGAUAUGUGCUGAUGUGUGUGGAUGCAUUCUCAGGGUGGCCAGAAGCCUGGCCCACAAGGAGAGAAUAUGGGGCCUCGGUGGUGAAGUUCCUAGUCAACCAUUAUAUACCCAAGCAUGAGUUCCCCGAGAGAGUGAGGUCAGACAAUGGAUCCCAUUUCAAAAACGAGGAUCUGCAGAAAGCAGAAUGGGCGUUGGGACGUAGACAUGCUUUUGGGACAGUGUAUCAUCCCCAGUCCCAGGGGAAGGUGGAACGCAUGAACCAGACGGUCAAACAAAAAUUGGCAAAAAUCUGUGCACAGACUAAAUUGAAUUGGGUUGAUGCAUUACCCCGGGCACUGAUGUCCAUCAGAUGCUCCAUAAAUCAGGGUACAGGGUUCACUCCGUUUGAGCUGCAGACGGCACAACAAUUUUCGGGGCCCCACAGAGAACUUAAGUGGAAAUCGGCACAAGAAGGGGUACGAACGGCCAAGGCAUAUUAUGAUGGAUUACGAGUUCUUGUACAGGUUUCUCCAAGCAGGUCCAGGAAACGAGACCAGGGGCCCAGCCAGCCAACACAUACAGCGGAGUGGGUCCUUCUGAAGGUCAUCAAAAGGAAGUGGUCAGAGCCCAGGUGGACCGGCCCCUUCCAAGUCACGGAACGGACGUCUCACGCGGUGCGGCUGAAAGGCAAAGGUGAAACCUGGUACCAUUGGAGCCAGUGCGCAGCGGUAGCAGAGCCCAGCAGAUCAUUUGCCGAGAUCCAGGAGGACCUCGCCGACAGCGCAAAGCAACCCGGUUCGGCUGAACCGGCAGUAACUCAGGUCCCAGCAGUAGGGGCAGAAUAAUCCCCUGACCUGAAGCAACCAGCAGGGUAGUCCACCCCUGACUGAAAGAAGACGACUACACCUCAUUCACCAGAGAAAAAUCGGGACCCGGAUGACGAUGAUCAAGAUAAAAAGGGGGACUUUGGGGGAAAACAAGUAAUGUGUAUGACGUAUAACGUGACUAACAUGCCGAUGGUGAAAAUGUACGGUUCUGUCACUAAGGCGCUAGAAGGUCUCCACACCCUCUCUUACACCCUACAUGAGCAGUCUGGUAUCGUGCACGUGUGGGAGGACUGGAUCGCCUCUAAGUUCGGCAGUGGAAGGGACUAAUCGCUUCGCUACUUAUAUCAAUCGCUACGUUUCUCGCCAUAACUGUUACCUGUGGAUGUUGUUGUAUUCCCUGCCUGCGGGCUCUCGCUGUCAGACUCAUCACCACCGCCAUAGAGAAAAAGGCUGAGGAACCCCCUGACACGUAUGUGCCCAUGAUGCCUCGGUUGCCGAUUAAAGAGGUGGGGGAGUUUGAGGAGGGGGUCAUCGGCCUGUCUCUGGUUAGUCUGGAGCGCCCGCUGUAAGUGGUGAUCUCCUUGCGGAGAUCAAAAGGGGGAUACCGCAAAAUUUUCGCACGACGCAAUCCAAUCAUUAGAAUCCGUAGUGAUCUCCUUGCGGAGAUCAAAAGGGGGAUACCGCAAAUUUUCGCGCAAAGCAAUGUAAUCAUUAAAACCAGUAAUGAUCUCUUAGUAGAGAUCAAAAGGGGGAAUUGAAGGGGGGCUAGGCCGCGUGCUAACCUCUGUCACACUGAGAAUGGGGAAGUAACUGGAACUGGAACAUAGGCAGGACAAAAAGGGGGGCUCCGGCCCUCCUCGAAGUGCAAGUAAAUUUAGAAAAGCAGAAGGUACAUUGACAGGGUCGCGGUGACAUUAAGCUUACGCUUGACAUGCGGGGACAUAACAAGGGAGGGGGUCGCUGACGCUGCUUAAUUGCAACAUAAUAAGACAAGGUAAAAGGGAACGGGUGUGGGGACUAACGCCAGUAAUUUCAAAACAACACUUGUAUGUUACGCCAACUGGAAAAAUACCAACAAGAACAGUAAACGCCCUGUUUGGGUUAUAAAAACCAGACCCUGACAAGAGAUAUUGAGCUACUCUUGGUAUGUACUGUUUUGUGCAUCUAAGUGUGCUCCCGGAUUGCAAUCUGUGACGUCAUUAAAGAGAGCUGACUUGCAACCAA